AUGGGAGAGGGGAGAAAUCUGGAGGAAAGGAGAGAGAGUUGUCGAGUGCACUCUUCUCUUGGUUCAGUGUCUUUCUUUUUGGUCCCCCCUCAGCAAAAGGAAAGAGUCCCUUUUGUAGGAGAACAACAAUCGACUUCUAUCCUUGGGCUUGCCGACGUGGCAGCCCCAUUAGAGGCCCACCCAAGUGAGGUCAAACCAUGCGUUAAUAAGCCCCCCAGUCCUCAGUAUAAUAGUAGCUUCUUUGGCUGGGGACUUCACAAGUCCAUAGAAGGGUUUGGCCAAGCUGAACAGUUUGUCGGAGUUAGUGAGGCCAAGCCGAGCACAUAUAUGAAGAUAUAA